AAGGACGCAAAAAAUAAAUAAAUUAGAGCAUCUUUUGGGGGGGAGGGAAUUCAGCGGAUCAGUGUCUUAGAGGAGCUUUUUUUUUUUUUUAAGAGCGAGAAAUCAUAUAAAAUAAAAUGAAAUAAAACAAGGAGGAAGGCAACCAGCUGUUAGAGGGGGGAAUAAGGCAGAUAAAGGAGCGGAGAGAGAAAUUAAUUGCCAACCAGGAGGAGUUGGGCUGUAUUUUUUCAAAGGUGGGGGGAGUGGAGCACACACCUUGAGGAGGAAAGCCAGAAAGAAAAGAAAAAAGCAAGUGGAAGGGGGGGCUCGCCCAAGAAGGGUGAAGAAGCGAAGAAAGUCGAGGCGCCGAGGCUCCUAAAGCUGGCAGCUCCGGGCGGCGGUGCAGGGGCGAAGGGGGGGGGGGGGGGGACCGUCGGACAUGCGGCUCUGGAGUUGGGUGCUGCGCCUGGGGCUGCUGAGCGCCGCGCUGGGCUGCGGGCUGGCCGAGCGCCCCCGCCGGGCCCGGAGAGACCCGCGGGCCGGCCGCCCCCCGCGCCCCGCCGCCGGCCCGGCCACCUGCGCCACCCGGGCGGCCCGUGGCCGCCGCGCCUCGCCGCCGCCGCCGCCGCCGCCGGGCGGUGCCUGGGAAGCCGUGCGCGUCCCCCGGCGGCGGCAGCAGCGGGAGGCAAGGGGCGCCGCGGAGGAGCCGAGCCCGCCGAGCCGGGCGCUCUAUUUCAGCGGGCGAGGCGAGCAGCUGCGCCUGCGAGCCGACCUCGAGCUGCCCCGGGACGCGUUCACGCUGCAAGUGUGGCUGCGAGCAGAGGGGGGCCAGAGCUCUCCGGCGGUGAUCACAGGGCUCUAUGACAAAUGUUCUUAUGCCUCACGUGACCGAGGAUGGGUCGUGGGCAUUCACACCGUCAGUGACCAAGGCAGCAGAGACCCACGCUACUUUUUCUCCUUGAAGACAGACCGGGCCCGGCAAGUGACCACCAUCAAUGCCCACCGCAGCUACCUCCCAGGCCAGUGGGUGUACCUGGCUGCCACCUACGACGGGCGGCUGAUGAAGCUCUACAUGAACGGUGCCCAGGUGGCCACCUCGGGGGAGCAGGUGGGCGGGAUCUUCAGCCCCCUGACCCAGAAGUGUAAAGUGCUCAUGCUGGGAGGCAGCGCCCUGAACCACAACUACCGGGGCUACGUGGAGCGCUUCAGCCUGUGGAAGGUGGCCAGGACGCAGCGCGAGAUCGUGCUGGACAUGGGGACCCGCGGCCCCCAGGGCCCUCUACCUCAGCUGCUCCUGCAGGAGAACUGGGACAAUGUGAAGCGGGCCUGGUCCCCCAUGAAGGACGGCAGCAGCCCCCGCGUGGAGGUCAGCGGCGCCCCCGGCUUCCUGCUGGACACCAGCCUGGAGCCGCCGUUGUGCGGGCAGACGCUCUGCGACAGCCCCCAGGUCAUCGCCAACUACAACCAGCUGCCGCGGCUCCGCCGGCCCAAGGUGGUGCGCUACCGCGUGGUCAACCUCCAUGACGACGACCGGGAGAACCCUACCGUGAGCCGGCAGCAGAUCGACUUCCAGCACCGGCAGCUGGCCGAGGCCUUCAAGCACUACAACAUCUCCUGGGAGCUCGAGGUGCUGGAGGUGAGCAACUCCUCGUUGCGCCGCCGCCUCAUCCUGGCCAACUGCGACAUCAGCAAGAUCGGGGACGAGAACUGCGACCCCGAGUGCAACCACACGCUGACCGGCCACGACGGCGGGGACUGCCGCCACCUACGCCACCCCGCCUUCGCCAAGAAGCAGGAGAACGGGGUGUGCGACAUGGACUGCAACUACGAGCGCUUCAACUUCGACGGCGGCGAAUGCUGUAACCCCAACAUUACCGACGUCACCAAGACCUGCUUCGAGCCCGACAACCAGUACAGAGCGUACGUGGAUGUUAAUGAGAUGAAGAACAUUCUUAGGCUGGAUGGAUCGACACACCUCAACAUCUUCUUUGCAAACUCCUCGGAGGAGGAGUUGGCAGGCGUAGCAACUUGGCCAUGGGACAAGGAGGCCCUGAUGCACUUAGGUGGCAUCGUCUUGAAUCCAUCUUUCUACGGCAUCCCUGGGCACACCCACACCAUGAUCCAUGAGAUUGGGCACAGCCUGGGCCUCUACCACAUCUUCCGAGGCAUCUCGGAAAUCCAGUCUUGCAGCGACCCCUGCAUGGAGACAGAGCCCUCCUAUGAGACCGGAGACCUCUGCAGUGACACCAACCCAGCUCCGAAACACAAGUUCUGCGGCGACCCGGGGCCAGGGAACGACACGUGUGGCUUCAACAGCUUCUUCAACACUCCAUAUAACAACUUCAUGAGCUACGCAGAUGACGACUGCACGGACUCCUUCACGCCCAAUCAAGUCGCCAGGAUGCACUGUUACCUGGACCUGGUGUACCAGGGCUGGCAGCCCUCCAGGAAGCCGGCGCCCAUCGCCCUCGCCCCCCAGGUCGUGAGCCACACGGCCGACUCUGUGAUGCUGGAGUGGUUCCCUCCCAUCGACGGCCACUUCUUUGAAAGAGAAUUGGGAUCAGCAUGUGACCUUUGUCUGGAAGGGAGAUACCUGGUGCAGUACGCCUUCAAUGCCUCCUCCCCGAUGCCCUGCGGCCCAUCAGGACACUGGAGUCCUCGGGAAGCAGAAGGUCAUCCAGAUGUUGAGCAGCCCUGUAAGUCCAGCGUCCGCACCUGGAGCCCCAAUUCAGCCGUCAACCCACAUACGAUCCCUCCAGCCUGCCCUGAGCCCCAAGGCUGCCACCUGGACCUGAGAUUCCGCUACCCCUUGGUCCCCGAGUCUUUGACCAUCUGGGUGACCUUUGUCUCCACUGACUGGGACUCUAGUGGGGCUGUCAAUGACAUCAAACUCUUGGGUGUCAGUGGGAAUAACAUAUCCCUGGGGCCUCAGAACAUCUUCUGUGAUGUCCCGCUGACCAUCAAGCUCCGGGAUGUGGGCGAGGAGGUGUAUGGCGUCCAGAUCUACACGUUGGAUGAGCACCUGGAGAUUGACGCGGCCAUGCUGACCUCCGUGGCAGACAGCCCACUCUGCCUGGAGUGUAAGCCACUGCGGUACAAGGUUGUUCGGGAUCCUCCUCUCCAGGUGGAUGUGGCCUCCACCCUGCACUUCGGUAGAAGGUUCACAGACACAGAUGUCGGUCUUGGCAGUGUGUACCAGUAUUGGGUCAUCGCUAUUUCAGGAAAUGAAGAGAGUGAGCCGUCACCUGCUGCCACAUACAUCCACGGAAGUGGGUACUGUGGUGAUGGCAUCAUUCAGAGAAGCCAAGGUGAAGAGUGUGAUGACAUGAAUAAGAUCAAUGGGGAUGGCUGCUCCCUCUUCUGUCGGCAGGAAGUCUCCUUCAACUGUAUUGAUGAACCCAGCCGGUGCUAUUUCCAUGACGGUGACGGAGUAUGUGAGGAGUUUGAACAGAAAACCAGCAUCAAGGACUGUGGUGUCUACACGCCCCAGGGGUUCCUGGACCAGUGGGCGUCCAAUGCCACAGUGUCCCACCAAGACCAGCAGUGCCCAGGCUGGGUCAUCAUUGGCCAGCCAGCAGCAUCCCAGGUGUGUCGGACCAAGGUUAUCGAUCUCAGCGAAGGCAUCUCCCAGCAUGCCUGGUACCCUUGCACCAUCAGCUACCCGUAUUCCCAGCUGGCUCAGACCACUUUCUGGGUCCGGGUGUACUUUUCUCAACCAAUGGUCGCUACCGCCGUCAUCGUCCACCUGGUGACCGAUGGGACCUACUAUGGGGACCAAAAGCAGGAAACCAUCAGCGUCCAGCUGCUUGAUACCAAAGAACAGAGCCACGAUCUAGGCCUCCACGUUCUGAGCUGCCGGAACAAUCCCCUGAUUAUCCCUGUGGUCCAUGACCUCAGCCAGCCCUUCUACCACAGCCAGGCGGUACGCGUGAGCUUCAGUUCACCCCUGGUCGCCAUCUCGGGGGUGGCCCUCCGCUCCUUCGACAACUUUGACCCCGUCACCCUGAGCAGCUGCCAGAGAGGGGAGACCUACAGCUCUGCGGAGCAGAGCUGUGUGCACUUCGCAUGCGAGGCCGCGGACUGCCCAAAGCUGGCUGUGGAGAACGCUUGGCUCAACUGCUCUGGCAGUGACAGCUACCACGGCGCCCAGUGCACCGUGCGCUGUCGGACCGGCUACGUGCUCCAGAUUCAGCGGGACGACGAGCUGAUCAAAAGCCAGACAGGACCCAGCAUCACGGUGACCUGUACGGAGGGCAAGUGGAACAAGCAGGUGGCGUGCGAGCCAGUGGACUGCGGCAUCCCAGAUCAGCACCACGUCUACGCCGCCUCGUUCUCCUGCCUCGAGGGCACCACCUUCGGCAGCAAGUGCUCCUUCCAGUGCCGCCACCCGGCGCAGCUGAAAGGCAACAACAGCCUCCUGACCUGCAUGGAGGACGGGCUGUGGUCCUUCCCGGAGGCCCUGUGCGAACUCAUGUGCCUGGCUCCGCCCCCGGUGCCCAACGCGGACCUCCAGACGGCCCGGUGCCGCGAGAGCAAACACAAGGUGGGGUCAUUCUGCAAGUACAAGUGCAGACCUGGAUACCACGUGCCCGGCUCCUCCCGGAAGUCAAAGAAACGGGCCUUCAAGACCCAGUGUACCCAGGAUGGCAGCUGGCAGGAGGGAGCUUGUGUUCCUGUGACAUGUGAUCCCCCUCCACCGAAAUUCCAUGGACUGUACCAGUGCACCAACGGCUUCCAGUUCAACAGUGAAUGCAGGAUCAAGUGUGAAGACAGCGAUGCCACCCAGGGCCGUGGGAGCAACAUCAUCCACUGCCGGAAAGAUGGCACCUGGAGCGGCUCCUUCCACGUCUGCCAGGAGAUGCAAGGCGAGUGCUCGGCCCCAGACCAGCUCAACAGCAAUCUCAAGCUGCAGUGCGCUGAGGGCUAUGCCAUAGGGUCCGAGUGCACCACCUCCUGCCUGGACCACAACAGCGAGUCCAUCGUCCUGCCAGUGAACGUGACCGUCCGCGACAUCCCCCACUGGCUGAACCCCACACGGGUACAGAGAGUGGUCUGCACGGCUGGUCUCAAGUGGUAUCCUCACCCUGCCCUGAUUCACUGCGUCAAAGGUUGUGAGCCCUUCAUGGGAGACAAUUACUGCGAUGCCAUCAACAACCGAGCCUUCUGCAACUAUGACGGUGGAGAUUGCUGCGCUUCUACAGUGAAGACCAAAAAGGUCACACCCUUCCCCAUGUCUUGUGACCUACAGGGUGACUGUGCUUGCCGGGACCCCCAGGCCCAAGAACACAGCCGGAAAGACCUCCGAGGAUACAGCCACGGCUAAGGAAGGACAAGGAGCUGUCAAAGAAUUCCCAGCGCCAGGACCCGCCUCCCUUUGGUAUUGAUUUCACAGUCAGCUGCUCAACGGAAUGGCCUCUCCACACCAGGGAUCCUUAGCACCCAACCGGUCUGCCUUUAAUUUCACCCAGGAAGGACGCGUAGAGUGGGCGUGUGAACCAAGUCUCGCCAUGUUGAAUGAUGGAAUGGAAUCCCAUCUCAAAGUCUUAGAAAGAUUGCACUUAGAGCGUGCAGUACCUGAGCCUCCUAAAAUUCUAACCAUUUGUCACAUGA